GCGCAUGCGUACAGAGCUCCGCCCGGACUGUCGCGAGCCACUCUCAUAUCGAGGAAAGGUGUACUGUGAAGAAUAGUCUAUUAUCAAGCUUACUUUCUUCUUCUUGCGUUUUUCACUACAACCCGAAACCAUGUCAGGAGACGAGAUGAUAUUUGAUCCCACUAUGACCAAGAAGAAGAAGAAAAAGAAGAAGCCUUUUAUGCUGGAGGAAGAUGGUGGUGAGGGAGAAGAAGGCCAACAAUUGGAAACAAAAGAGACUGAGGCUGACGGGGGCGAGGAGAAAGAGUUUGAUCUUGAUGAAGAUGAUGGGGGGAAGAAGAGAGAAACGUCAGAUGACCUGGAUGACUUAAACUUCUUGAACCAGAAGAAAAAGAAAAAGAAGUCCAAAAAAGAGAAGAUUUUCGAUGCCGAGCUUGAGGAAGGAAUGAAGGAGCUGAAGAUCGAAACAGAGCCAUCAGAAAUACAACAAGAGGAUGAUGACUUAAUGCUGCCUAAGAAGAAGAAACAUAGAAAAGUCCGAGAUUUUCAAGAGGACACAGACAGUCAAAGCAAGGAUGAUGGUGUCGAAGAUGACGACAGUAAAACCAUCGACGAUAUCACGUUCAGCUCGCAGACAGGCACUGCCUGGGCCGGAUCGGAGAGAGACUACACAUACGAUGAGCUUUUGAAUAGAGUCUUUAACAUCAUGCGGGAAAAAAAUCCAGACAUGGUCGCGGGAGAAAAGAGAAAGUUUGUGAUGAAGCCUCCUCAGGUUGUCAGGGUCGGCACAAAGAAGACCUCCUUCGUAAACUUCACAGACAUCUGCAAGCUGUUGCAUCGACAGCCAAAACAUCUUUUGGCGUUUUUGCUAGCUGAGUUAGGUACAAGCGGGUCCAUAGAUGGAAACAAUCAGCUCGUCAUCAAAGGCAGAUUCCAGCAGAAACAGAUAGAGAAUGUCUUAAGAAGAUAUAUAAAGGAGUAUGUGACAUGCCACACGUGUCGGUCUCCUGACACAAUCUUGCAAAAGGACACGCGUCUUUAUUUUCUGCAGUGCGAGACGUGUCACUCCCGCUGUUCCGUAGCCAGUAUCAAGACCGGGUUCCAGGCGGUGACGGGCAAGAGAGCGCAGAUGCGUGCCAAAGCCAACUAACGCCUGUCCCUCGAUCAUCACACACCUUAUACGGCCCAUCUGAACACGUGCACUCCACGGCCAAACUCAACACAUCCACUCACACCCGGUUUCCUACAGAAUCUCUGCGCUGUUUAGGAAGUCUGAAAUUUCGAACCGAGAUCUCGGCUAUCUCAAGUACAACACUUCAUUUCCCUCAGCUCCUUGGAGCGAUGAAAUUGCCUAUGCACAUGUAGAGAGGUUUGAUUUGUUGGGUCUGGCCGUGGUGUAGCAGCGCUGUGAGAUGCGAACCGAGAACACAGAGCCUGGAGGAUUUUAUGAAUGAACUGUUGGUGAAAUUUGUUGUUGCUGUAUUACCUGCAGAGAAACAAUUGAAAUAAAAUGCAUACCAGCUAACGGCAAACAUGUGCAGUCUAUGUUUCUGGGAAGAGGUAUGUCUUUGUGUAGAGAGACUGGAUGUGAUCAAGAAAUGUACUGUAUCUUUUAUUAUGAUAACAGACACUAGUAUUCAGCCUCCUAUGUUUUUCUGUACUUUUAAAGAGAUGAAUAUAUGUUGAUUAAACAUCUCUUAAAAGAAUUCAACACUUUUUUUUAUACGAGUUAGCCUGGCUCAUUCUCUAUAUGUAAUGUUUUUCUGAUGGAUAUUGUUUAGUUAAAUUCAAAGGUAAUCAAUAAUGAUAAAAAGUGCAAUGGACUUUCUCAGCAGUUGUGUAUUUUCUGCUUUUCAUUAUAAUUAUUUUUUGCUGCGCAGUUGUCGGAAUGGUAAAUAUUACGAUAAUGUUAAUGACAGGGUAUUGUGGCUGUAUACUUGAAAUGAAUUCCCCGGAACUGAUAAUGACUCUGAUAAUUUGGUCCUUUUAGGAAAGUGUUGGCUGUAGCCUUUACUGUUGUUCUGUAUAAAUGAAUCCACCAGUCUGCGCCUGUUUAAGCUCCAAAGAGCCCCAAAAUCCCACUGACAUAAAUCAAGGAAAUUUAGUUCGACACCCAGCAUUCCAGUGUAUUCCUAAACACGUGA